AUAAAAUCUCAUGAUAUGAUAAAUAAUGCUGCCUUUGUUAAAGAAUCGAAUAUGUUAACAAAAAAAUCAUUAAUAUCCAAAAUGGUCGCAUGUUGUUUACUGUAAUACAAUUCUAUCAAAUCCAAUCGUCAAUCGAUACAUGUCGCAAACCAUCAAGCUAUUUAUUUAUUAAAAUAUUGAUAUAAAUCAAUCAAUCGAGCUUUUGCUUUUGUGGUCAUUUUCUUUCAUCAUCAUCAUAUAUGAUUGAAGAAAAAAGUUAUCGUCAUUAUAAUCAUGAUUUUAAUACGAAAGUUAUUUGUUCUGUCAUUAUUAUUGACCAUUUUGGUUAUUAGUUAUAGAAAUGAAUAUCACAAUGAUGACACAUCGCCAAGAUUGUUCAAUUCGAUUAUGACCGUCGAAGCAUAUCGAGUUAAAUCAACUACAGAUCCAAGUUUUGAAUGUUCAGGAUGUGCCCGAACAAGAUUGAUUGGAUGUUUUCAUGGACAAUGUAGUUAUCGUUGUUACCGCAGCUGUACGAAUGGUACAAAUGUGGUCAUUGAGGCACAUCGAUUUGUAUUGGAAGGUCAACGUCGUCGACGGAAACGUUAUGUCGAUUAGUUGAUAGAAUUCACUAAUCAUCAUCAUCAUCAACAUCAACAUCUUAUCGAAACAUAUGAAAAAUAAUGAGCACAAUGCCAAUCAUCGUUUCAUUUCAUCAUUCAUCUUUGAUCCAGUAAUAAUGGCUUGGCAUCUUAUUCAUAGAAAACUUUAUCACACAUCACGAUGGAUAACAUAAUUCGUAAUUCAAAGGCACGUGCCUUUCUAUCUAAUUUAUAUUCGAUUUUGAAUCGAUGUAUGGAAUGAAUGCAUUUUAUUGUAGAGUAUUAUUGAUCAAGAAUCAUGUCAUUUUAUUUUGUGUAGUAUUUCGAUACAAUUUUUAUAUAUAAAUAAAUGAAUAAAAUAUAAUUCAUUGGAUGAAA